CCAGAGGCUCCACGUGGGUGUCGGCAGUGCGGAAGAAGCGGCGGCUGCGGCGGCGUCGACAACCAUGGGCGGCCUGGAGAAAAAGAAGUAUGAGAGGGGUUCCGCCACUAACUACAUCACCAGAAACAAAGCCCGAAAGAAGCUACAGCUGAGCCUCGCAGACUUCAGGCGUCUCUGCAUCCUCAAGGGCAUCUACCCCCAUGAGCCCAAGCACAAGAAGAAAGUGAACAAAGGAUCCACUGCCGCUCGGACUUUUUACCUCUUGAAAGACAUAAAAUUUCUCCUCCACGAGCCCAUCGUCAACAAGUUCCGCGAGUACAAGGUCUUCGUUCGCAAGUUGCGCAAGGCGUACGGGAAGAGCGAGUGGAACACAGUGGAACGGCUGAAAGACAACAAGCCUGGCUAUAGAUUGGACCACGUUAUCAAGGAGAGAUACCCGACCUUUGUGGAUGCCUUGCGGGAUGUGGACGACGCCCUCUCCAUGUGCUUCCUCUUCGCCACCUUCCCCCGCACCGGCAAGUGCCACGUUCAGACGAUCCAGCUGUGCCGCCGGCUCACCGUGGAGUUCCUCAACUACGUCAUUGCCUCGCGCGCUCUGCGCAAGGUGUUCCUGUCCAUUAAAGGCAUCUACUACCAGGCCGAUGUGAUGGGGCAGCUUGUCACCUGGAUAACGCCGUACGCCUUCUCACACAAUCACCCGACUGAUGUGGACUACAGGGUGAUGGCUACAUUCACCGAGUUCUACACCACUCUCCUUGGCUUUGUCAACUUCCGCCUCUACCAGUCCCUCAACUUGCAUUACCCCCCAAAGAUUGAAGGCCAAGCUUCUAUAGAGCUGAAGCCGGAGGAUGGCGAGUCCUACGCCUUGGAGUCAGAGAGCUACAUGGAGAAACUGUCAGCUCUCAGCGCCAGCCUGGCCCGAGUGGUAGCAUCGAACCCAGAGGAUGAAGCAGAAGUGGAUGAGUUCCCUGUGGAGGGAGAAAGCACAGAACAACAGGAGACCCGGCAGAAGGAGCAGGAAGCCCUGGAGAAGCAGAAGAAGCUCUUUGAAGGCUUGCGCUUCUUUCUCAACAGGGAGGUGCCUCGGGAGACUCUGGCUUUCGUUAUCCGGUGCUUCGGGGGUGAAGUGUCGUGGGACAAGUCCGUUUGCAUUGGUGCUACCUACGACGGGACGGACCCGAAGAUCACCCACCAGAUCAUUGACCGGCCUGGUUUGGAGAAACAAGUGAUUGGCAGGUAUUACCUCCAGCCGCAGUGGGUCUUUGACUCCGUCAAUGCCAAGCUGUGCCUUCCGGUGGCGGAUUAUUUCCCUGGCGUGCUGCUGCCUCCACACCUCUCUCCAUUUGUUGCUGAGAAGGAGGGGGACUAUAUCCCGCCAGAGAAGCUGAAGCUGUUAGCCUUGCAGAGGGGCGACAAACCUGGAGAAGAGAGUGGGUCAGGAGAAGAGGAGGAAGGUGAAGAUGCAACAGAAGGCUCCGAGGAAGAGGAGGAGGAGGAUUCUGACAGAGAAGACGAGGGAAGGCUGAAGAAAAUGGAAACACAGAGGUCCCAGAGCCAGAAGAUGGAAGCACAGAGGUCCCAGAGAAAGAACCUCCCUGUGAAGGUGACAGCUGGCAAGGUGCUGAAGGAGGACCAGCAGCGGGUUGUGCAAGAGCAGCAGAGCGAGGAGAAACGCUUAGCCAUCAUGAUGAUGAAGAAACGGGAGAAAUAUCUCUACCAGAAGAUCAUGUUUGGGAAGAAACGCAAGAUCCGGGAGGCAAAUAAACUGGCGGAGAAACGCAAAGCCCAUGAUGCAGCAGCGAAACCAGAGAAGAAGAAAAGCAAGAAGGCACGACGGGAAUAAUGUGGCCCUCACGCCUCAAGAUCUACAAGAUGGACAUUUUGGGCUGCGUGUUGAGCCUCUCAGCUGGACGUGGGAACCACAGAAUUCCCCUCUUUCCCUCAGCCAUGCUUCUCCGAGGCAGGCAGUAGGCCUAGUACCUUGGCCUUGUCCACUUGGUUUAAAACAAAUCUGGAUUUUCCUCAGCUCCUUUUAGGGUUUCCUCAUUGUAUGAUGGCUGACAGCUGCCGCCGCCGCAGCCAAUCAGGACACGCUUCGUGGACUUUGGGGAGGGCU